AUGGUUCUCGUAGCUAUUAUUUUGUUUAUUACUGACAGCCUUUACCUUGUGUUUCUCGGUCGGCUACCGGAGCGCGCUUUACUUGCCUCAACCCCGACAAACCACGAACGCAUCUUUAUCGCCAGUAUACAUUGGAAUAAUGAAGCAAUCUUGAGAUCCCAUUGGAACAAGGCAGUGGUAGAACUCGUGAAAUCUCUCGGUCCCAAGAACGUCUUUGUAGUGGUUCUUGAAAGCGGGAGUUGGGACGACAGCAAAGGCGCGCUGCGAGAGUUGGACGCCGAGCUGGCCCAGCUAGAUGUCCCACGCUCAAUCAUGCUGGAAGAAACAACACACGCGGAUGAGAUGCACCGAACACCAUCUCCUAACGAAACCGGUUGGGCAUGGACGUCGCGAGGCCGCAAAGAGCUCCGCCGUAUACCCUAUUUGGCAAAUCUGCGGAAUCGGGUUAUGUUAGAAAUGCUCAAAGCCGUCGAAGGCAACGCACAAAGUUUUGACAAGGUUGUUUGGCUUAACGAUGUAGUCUUUACGACCAAAGAUGUUGUCACACUUCUAUCCACUAAUGGCGGCGAAUACGCGACUGCGUGCUCUUUGGACUUUUCCAGGCCUCCCCUUUACUAUGACACCUUCGCUCUACGAGACAUAUCAGGCGCUAAGACCAUCACGCAAACUUGGCCUUACUUUUCCAACAGCGUUUCCCGCCGUGCAAUAGUAUCGAACGAAGUUGUUCCAGUCCAAUCUUGUUGGAACGGCUUGGUAGCUAUGGAUGCACGACCUUUCCUAGGAAGAGAACCCUUGCGGUUCCGCGGCAUAACUGAUGAGUUAGCUGAAAUGCACCUAGAAGGCUCAGAGUGCUGUCUUAUACAUGCAGACAAUCCUUUAAGCGCAACUAAAGGAGUAUAUAUCAAUCCGGACGUCAGAGUAGGCUACAACGCGGAGGCUUACAAUGUAGUAAAUGCCUUGUUGGCAUGGCCUACGUCGAGUGAGCGGAUCAAAGGCAUGUGGAAGUCCCGAAUGGCAACGCUCCCAGCUCUUUGGCGAUUCAAGUCAGAAAACCUAGUCAUCCAUUGGAGGUUGAAGCGUUGGGAAGCGCAACAGUCCGCUGACGGAAGAAAAAAUAGUGAGCCAGGAUUGCAUUGUCUUGUCAACGAGAUGCAAGUCUUAGCAGAGAACGGUUGGAAGCAUCUUUAA